AUGUGUUCUACUGCUAAAAAGAUGUGGGGUACUUUGACUGUCAUGUUUGAAGGUUGCUCUACCUCCAUGGAAUCUACCAUUACCACCUUAACAAGGAGGUAUGAAAGAUUCUUCUCUUUGAGGAAUGAGUCCUUAACAGACACUCAUACCUGUUUUAAUGCUUUGGUUAAUGAUCUAGCUGCUGUUGGUAUUACCAAGAAAAAUGAAGUUUUGAAAAGCAAGUUUUUAGAUUCAUUACCACCAAAGUGGAACAAUUAUAUUUCUUCUGUAAAACUAAGUUCUGUGUAUCAUGAUCUUGAUCUCCCUGGACUUUUUGGUUUACUCCAUAAUCAAGAAUGUUCAGAGGCUGAAAAGCUGAUUGCUAUGGGUGAUUCUUAUAGUCAGCCUCCUACUGCACUUGUUGCAUCCAUGACUGAACACCCUAGUUUAAUAUCCAAUGAGAUCAUUCCCUGUAUCAAUGAAUCGUGUUCUGUGAUUUCUAACAUUGAAUCUGUUUGUUCUGAAUCUGAAGUUGAAGAAUCCGAUGGUGAUGAGUUUGCCAAUGAAGUGGCUAUGUUGGCUGAUAGGAUAAGGAGAUCCUUUGGAAAGUUUAAAGGAAAAGGUAAAAGUGGACAAGCUGAUAAGACCAAGAAACCAUUUGAUAUGUCCAAAGUCACUUGCUACAAGUGUGGUAAGACUGGACAUAUGGCUGGUGAUUGUAGAUCUAAGGAGUCCGUGCAAGCUGGGUCAUCCAAAGGUGGAAGAAAUGAAAAAUACUCCAUACUCAAGACAAAAUACAAAGCUCUCAAAGCACAAGUUGCUAAGCUGAGUAAGAAUGCUGAGAAAGAUGAGAAGAGUCUGAUAGCCAAAGAUUGGGCUGAAAGUGAUACUUCUUCAGAAGAUGAAGAGUACAUAAAUGAGAAGUGUCUUAUGGGCAAAGAGAAGUUUGCCAAAGAUCUCACAAGAUUGCAAGAGCAAUCUGAGUCAGCUCACAAAGCUUCAACCAGUCAGAGUACUCCACCUGAGGUAAAUAUCUUUUCCAAUCUGAGUAAUGAAGAUAAGCUGUCAAGGUUAAAUAGACUUGGUGAUGAGGUACUUUUGCAAAAACAUUUUAAUCAAGAACAUAAGAAAGAAAUUUCUAUGUUGAAACAAGAACUAGACUUUAAGAAUUUCACCAUUGAAAAGUUAGAAUCUGAAAUUAAAAGUCAAAAACAACUAAACUCAAUUUUGGUCACUGAAGCUAAAAUGUCAGAAGAGAAGUUUUUGAAAAUCAAACAGAUAACUGAGUCAUGGUGUAUUGGUUCUAAAAGAGCUGCAAAGUGUGUUAACAUUCAAGUUCCUCAUCAAGUACAAGCUGUUUUUGAUGGUGACUAUGAUAGAGCUAUUGCUAUUAGUGAAGUCUGUGCCAUGGAACCUUGUUAUCAGUCUCCUUCUCCUCCUAAGGUUCAAACCAAAGGAAAGAGUUCUCAACCAAUCAGAUUGGUUCAGAAGUCUGGUAUUGGUAUUAAAGAUCCUGAUGUUAUUGGUGAGAUUUCAAAUGAUAAUAGUUUACUGGCUGAAGUGUCUGAUCCUAAAAUUGUUGAUCAAAGCAAAUUAAGGUCUGAAUCAAAGAAAUCUGGUACUGGAAAAGGUUUUCUUAAAAAGGAAACUCUUAUUGUUUCUAAAAAGAAUUUCAAAUCUGGGAAGGGUCAGAUUAGGCAACAGUGGGUUUCAAAAUGUGAUAAGAAUGGCUAUCACGAUGCACAUACCUGGCACUUGGACAGUGGGUGUUCCAAGCAUAUGACCGGAUGUAAGUCCCUCCUAUGUAGCUUUAGGACAAGCGCUGGUCCUAGUGUUACAUUUCGAGAUGAUUCCCAAGGAAGAACUAAAGGAUUUGGUAUUUUGUCAAAUGGUCCCCUUACUUUUAGAAGAGUGUCUUAUGUGAAUGGCUUGAAGCAUAAUCUGAUAAGUGUGAGUCAAUUGUGUGAUGCUGGCUAUGAAGUAAGAUUCCGAGCUGAUAAGGGCAUUGUUCUGGAUUUGGAAGGUAAUGUGGUGUUAAUUGCUGAGAGAGAUGAUUCCUUGUAUUCUUUUGAUAUGAGAAGUGCAACUGUGACAAGAGAAGUAUGUUUCAUGUCAAAGAAUCAAGAUGAGUUGAAUUGGUUGUGGCAUAAGAGGCUGUCUCAUAUGAAUUUCAAAGAUAUCAACAAGCUAUGUAAGAAAGAGUUGGUGUCUGGUCUGCCAGUGAUAAAAUAUGAGAAGGACAAGCUGUGUGGUCCUUGUGAAAAGGGUAAGCAACACAAAGCUUCCUUUAAGUCAAAAACAUGUUCAACCAUUGACAGUUGUUUAGAUUUGCUGCAUAUGGAUUUGUUUAGACUAAUAAGUACUCCUUCAUUUAAUGGAAUGAGGGGGAGAAAACCAGAAAUUGGUUUCCUAAGAAUGUUUGGCAGUCCUUGUUACAUUCUGAAUCAGAAAGACCAUCUUGGCAAGUUUGAAGAAAAAGCAGAUGAAGGCAUCCUACUUGGAUAUGCUACUCAGAUGAAGGCUUACAGAGUAUACAAUAAGAGAACAAGAACUAUUGAAAACUCUGUAAAUGUGAAUAUUGAUGAAGGUUGCUCUAAGUCAGUUAAUGUUCAUUCUGAAGAUGAUGAAAUUAACUUUGAAGAACUGGCUGUUCCUGAGAAUGAGCCUCCCUCUAAUCCACCUGUUGAAGAAAUUAAUGCUCAAACUCAGGGGGAGCAAAUAGAAGAAGAAGAGUUACCAUUCUUUAAAUGA